UACAGUACAACUUCGAUAAUGUCGAGUCCCGCCCGUUCGCCCAGUGUACCAGCCAAGCAGGGAGCUCGCACGCCUACUAGAGGCAUUGCGUCGCAGGAUGUGGAGACCCCCAUGCGCAUGGGUCCUGGUCGGGCCGGAGCCCGGCCGUCGGACAACAUCAGUUUGCCGCCCACGUCGCCAGGUAACAUCAGCUUGCCGGCCACAAGUCCGGCACGAGGAUUGGGUACCAACAUGAGCGAGAUCGAUCUGAGUUCGCCGCUCAACUACGGCACGCCCAGCUCGAUGGGCUCCAUCCGUACACCGCGCUCGGGCAUCCGCGGUACUCCGCUGCGCGCUCGUCCAGAUAUUCGGACAGACAAGCGCAUCCGGCAGGUGGCCAUUGGCGGUGGCUCGGGGCUGGAGCCCAUACCUGAGAAGGGCUCCGAGACAACAGAUCCCGUCUCUGAAUCCUCUCAAGCGCCUCAGCUCGUUGUAUGGGGCACAAAUGUGGUUGUCAGUCAGUGCAAGUCCAAGUUCAAGUCUUUUAUACUGCGCUUCAUCGAUCCCAGCGCCGAGCAGGAUGAAAUCUCCGAGAAUAUCGAUGUCAAUCAGCCGCUGUAUCUGCAGAAACUGGAGGAGAUUCAUACCCUAGAGGAGCCCUAUCUGAAUCUCAAUUGUGCCCAUCUGAAGACCUUCGAUUUGGACCUGUACCGCCAGUUGAUCUGCUAUCCGCAAGAGGUGAUUCCCGGAUUCGAUAUGGCCAUCAAUGAGAUGUUCUUCGAGCGCUAUCCGGCCGCUUUGCUGGAACACCAGAUCCAGGUGCGUCCCUUCAAUGCGGACAAGACACGUAAUAUGCGCUCCCUGAAUCCAGAGGACAUGGAUCAACUGAUCAGCAUCUGCGGCAUGGUCAUCCGUUCCUCGAACGUCAUUCCAGAGAUGCGUGAAGCCUUCUUCAGCUGCAACAUAUGCUCCUUCAGCACCACUGUAGAGGUGGAUCGCGGUCGUAUUAAUCAGCCGACGCUGUGCACCAAUUGUAACACCAAUCAUUGCUUCCGUUUGAUCCACAACCGAUCGGAAUUCACGGACAAGCAGUUAAUCAAACUGCAGGAGUCGCCAGAUGAUAUGGCUGCCGGCCAAACGCCCCACAACGUGCUCUUGUAUGCCCACAACGAUCUGGUGGACAAGGUACAGCCGGGUGAUCGUGUUACCGUCACGGGAAUCUAUCGCGCGACGCCACUUAAGACCGGAGGCAUCUCUUCGAGCGUGAAGAGCGUCUACAAGACCCAUGUUGAUGUCGUGCACUUCCGCAAGGUGGACAACAAGCGCCUCUACGAAGAGGAGGAGGGCAAGGAUCACAUUUUCCCGCCGGAACGCAUCGAACUCCUCCAGUUGCUGGCCAAGAAGCCCGACAUUUACGAUCGCCUGGCCCGGGCCAUAGCUCCAUCGAUUUACGAGAACGAUGACAUCAAGAAGGGCAUCCUCCUGCAGCUAUUUGGCGGUACCAAGAAGAAACACGCUACUCUGGGUCGGCAGAACUUUAGGUCCGAGAUUCACCUACUGUUGUGUGGAGAUCCCGGCACUUCCAAGUCCCAGAUGCUGCAGUAUGUGUACAAUCUGGUACCGAGAUCACAGUACACCUCAGGUCGUGGCUCCUCGGCUGUGGGUCUGACUGCCUAUGUGACCAAGGAUCCGGAGACUCGACAAUUGGUCCUGCAAACUGGCGCUCUAGUUUUGGCCGACAAUGGUGUCUGUUGCAUCGACGAGUUCGACAAGAUGAACGACUCGACGCGCAGCGUGCUUCACGAAGUGAUGGAACAGCAAACGUUGAGCAUUGCCAAAGCCGGUAUCAUUUGCCAGCUGAACGCUCGCACCUCUAUCCUGGCAGCCGCUAAUCCCGCCGAAUCGCAGUGGAACAAGCGUAAAAACAUUAUUGAUAACGUCCAGCUGCCGCACACUCUGCUGUCUCGCUUCGAUCUGAUCUUUUUAGUUCUCGAUCCGCAGGAUGAGGUAUUCGACAAGCGAUUAGCCAGUCACUUGGUCUCGCUUUACUAUGUCACCCGUCAUGAGGAGGAGGAUACAAUGUUUGACAUGAGUGUCUUGCGUGACUACAUCGCCUAUGCCCGCGAGCAUCUAUCGCCCACGCUCUCAGAUGAGGCCCAGCAGCGGUUGAUUCAGGCCUAUGUGGACAUGCGUAAGGUGGGCGCUGGACGUGGCCAGAUCUCUGCCUAUCCCCGACAGCUAGAGAGUUUAAUACGCUUGUCGGAGGCUCAUGCCAAGGUUCGUCUCAGCAACGAGGUGGAGUUGCUGGACGUUGAGGAGGCUUGGCGUCUGCAUCGCGAGGCCUUGAAGCAGUCCGCCACAGAUCCGCUGUCCGGCAAGAUCGAUGUGGGCAUCCUCACCACAGGCUUAUCAACGGCCGCGAGAAAGAAGCGCGCUGAUCUAGUCGUGGCCAUCAAGGAGAACUUGAAGAAGAAGGGCAAAGUGCCCACGGUUCCCUAUCAAAAGUUGUUCAAGGAGAUAAAGGAGGGAUCCCAAAUUUUGAUCACGCGGGAACAAUUCGAGGAUGCGUUGAAGGAAGUGCAAGAUGAAGGCGCCAUUGUGGUCAUGGGCAAAAACACCAUUCGUAUUUGUUAACCUAAUCAUGUUUAUCUCAUUUUUCACUAUUUACUCAUUCAUUCCUAUUAUUAAGCACAAAUUACAAGAUAUGUUUUUUAAUAAA